CAAGCCCACACAACACAGCGGCCUACACAUAAGUGCUGUUGAUGAAAGAAGAAACGAGUGAAAAGAUCCGUAAAUUUUAAGGGUUAUAUAUGUGUCACCUGGAGCGGCGGGAGGAUGGCAGAUGACAAGGAUGUGCUCCGAGAUGUUUGGUUCGGGCGGAUUCCAACGUGCUUUACACUGCACCAGGAUGAGAUUACAGAGAGAGAGGCCGAACCCUUUUAUCUCCUCCUCCCUAGAGUCAGCUACCUGACACUUGUCACAGAUAAGGUGAAGAAACACUUUUUGAAGGUCAUGAAGCCAGAGGAUGUGGAAGAAAUGUGGUUUGAAUAUGAAGGAACACCCCUGAAAUGGCACUAUCCAAUUGGAGUAUUGUUCGAUCUACAUGCCUCCAACACUGCCCUUCCUUGGAGUGUAACUGUGCACUUUAAGAACUUCCCAGAACGUGACCUGCUUCACUGCCCAUCAAACUCAGUCAUUGAAGCACACUUCAUGUCCAGCAUUAAAGAGGCUGAUGCACUCAAACACAAAGGUCAGGUCAUCAAUGAUAUGCAGAAGAAAGACCAUAAGCAGCUAUGGAUGGGCCUACAGAAUGAUAAGUUUGACCAGUUUUGGGCCAUGAACCGUAAACUGAUGGAAUACCCCAUGGAAGAAGGCGGGUUCCGCUACAUUCCUUUCAGGAUAUACCAGACGACGAGCGACAGACCGUUUAUCCAAAAGCUGUUCCGGUCGGUUUCCUCUGAGGGCCAGCCCCACACGCUGGGAGAUUUGCUGAAGGAGAUGUUUCCUGCUGCCAUAUGCCAAGAUGAUGAGCCAAAGCGAUACCAAGUUCUGAUCCAUGGGAUUGAGCCUAUGCUGGAGACGCCCAUCCAGUGGCUCAGCGAACACCUGAGUCAUCCUGACAACUUCCUCCACGUUAGCAUCAUCCCGUCGCCAAGCGACUGAGUCCGGGUGUUCCGCCGCCUCGACAACGGAGGUUUUCAAAACUCGGCUUUCCAGGGCUACGACCUGGAGAGGCAACGACGGGACAGGUAUGACGUCAUCGCUCCAACUUUGUCCAGACGAAACUUUUCCAGAAAAAAAAAAAAAAGAAAAACUUUUCUCACCCACAUCUCUGACUCCACCUCUCUUACUGGAGGACGGCUAGAUCAUCCAGCCGAAGCGAAAGGUGAAUGAUUGAAGGCUGACUGGCAGAUAAGAAGCUAGUGUGGCUUCUUCCUUCCUUCCUCCUUCUUCCUUUCCUUCGCCGCCAGACAUACAGAAGGGAUUUGGACCGAAUUUCCUUUUACAUGUUGCCUUAGUAUCCUGAGUCUCAUUGUACACACACACACACACACAUUCUAGGCAAUGACACGCUCGUUCUCACCGAAUUCACCUCUAUGCCUCGCAGCAAAGAGACGGUAUCUGGCAUAUCUUUCACACUGCUCUAUGUUCCCUCAGUCUCUAAUUUGUGAGUAAUUUACCGCUGUUGCUCUCAGAUCUUCUCCCAGCUCUCGGUUAAUUAUCAGUUGGAAUCCUGUUUGUCACUAAAUGAGACCACUAAACUACUCCGCUCUGUGCCAAGCCUGAUGGGGGGUAAUUACCGACCUCAUUUACUGUCACCUUUUUUGGAGGGGAAAAGGAGGUGUGAAAAGGAAGAAUGGAAUUCUGUCUGUCUGUGGCGGCUUCUGUCAUAUAACACAAAGUACGUGAAAUAGAUUUUUAUGGGUUUCAUGAUGAUGUCACCUGUCCCCAUAUGGAGCAAAUGCACUCUCUCUUUCUCUGUGUCUGCGUUGGGAAGUGAUUUAUGGAGUUAACUUCAUGGGGGAUUCAGUUGAGGAAAAGCAGAAGGAACAGUCAUAUGCCUCAGUGGGGUUUUCUUUUUUUUAAGUUACCGUAGAACAUACUGAGAGCGAUAAUUGGAGUUUACACGUUAUCUGUUUUGGGUAUUUAUUUUUUUUUUCUUUCUCUGAUUUACAGAUGUGAAAAAAAGGCCUUGAAUAAUAUGUGUUACCACCUUUUCAGCCUUUCAUUCUCUCACUUUUAUUUUUCUUUUCUUUUUUUUUUUUUAAUUUAAACUCAGAGAUACUGCCACCCACUUCACAAAGAGGGGUUCAGCACAAGGGCAGAUGUUAUGCCCGUUGGUCACACCAAGCCCCUUCAGAAGAGCUUUACCAUACUCACACAAUACAUCUGCAGUCUUAACUACAUCCAAAAGGCUUAUUGUCUUCAGAAUUGGUCAAACUAACAUAUUAAACCAUGUUUAGGUCAUUUUGAGAGUUUUUGUUGAAAUGGCAAGUCAGGGUAGGAGACAUGAGACAGACAAAUAGCAGCUGAGAGUGAUUACUUGCUUAUAGGAAUGGGUGAGUGUUUUCCUCGCCGUGCCGCCACCCCCAGACUGAGACAGGGAGGGGAAAAAGACGGCGAGAGAGUGGGGUUUGAGAGCGCAUAGCUGAGGUCUCCAACAGGCAGCUUCUCGGCAAAGCGCUCCCAAGCGGAGAUGUUUCUAUGGGAUUAGUGAGCGUCUCUGAGUUUGUUUACAAACACUGCAUUUUUUCUCUUGAACCACAGACCAGGAGAAAAUCAAAGAGUUCCUCUAUUAUAAGUAUGUCGUUUCCCUCCGUCAAUACAAACAUAAACAGCUUGUCAUGGUAGAGCCUGUGUACUGAAUAACUACAGAUAGUUUAAUUAGCGCUGUGGUCCAAAUAACACACAUGUUGAGACACACACAAACACAGACGGGUCCAGUUGAUUGUUUUUCUUCUCAUUAACUUAAUGAAAAUGUCUUCUUUUUUCCUUUCUCCAGAUACCCUUGUCUUUUGCUAUUUAAAAAUGCUGUAAACAUUUUGUUGUGUAGCUUUAACAUUUAAUUAAAAUUAAUAUUUUAUCAUU